GCCGGCCGGCUCGCGGCGCACACCGCCUCCCUCCGCACGCAGCCCGGCCGCGGCGAGCGGGCGCCCUCCCUGCCGCGCCGUGCCGCGGCGCCCCCCGCCCGGAGGAUGGGCUGCGGGCGGCGGCGCGGCAGCCCCCCAGCUCCCUGAAGCCGCGGAAACAAAGGGAGGAAGCAGCAGCCGGGCUGGGUUGGAUGCAAGCAACCAUGAAAGGCUGGGUCUCCGCCUCCUCCGCUGCUGCCAGAGAGCUGCCGGCUGCUGCUGCUGCUCAGAGGACUACACUGUGAGGGGAGGCGGGGGAGAGGCUGGAUUGGUUUGCCUUGCCAAGGUAGAAGGUGUAAGGGAGAGGCAGAAAUAAAAUGUCUUCUUCAGUGGGCCCCCGCGGCCCUCGCCCACCCACGGUGCCCCCCCCGAUGCAGGAGCUGCCCGACCUGAGCCACCUGACAGAGGAGGAGAGGAACAUUAUUAUGGCAGUGAUGGACCGGCAGAAAGAAGAGGAAGAGAAAGAAGAGGCCAUGCUCAACUUGGAUACCUGUGGAAUUAGUGAUCCUUCUAGACAUGAUUUCAAAACUGCUUCAAGGGAGAAAACUGCUUUCAGUUGGAGGUUGCAUCAGCAAUUUGAAAGCUAUAAAGAACAAGUAAGAAAGAUAGGGGAAGAAGCCCGCCGUUACCAGGGAGAGCACAAGGAUGAUGCUCCAACAUGUGGAAUCUGUCAUAAAACAAAGUUUGCAGAUGGUUGUGGCCAUUUAUGCUCUUAUUGCCGGACCAAGUUUUGUGCUCGAUGUGGAGGUCGUGUCUCUCUGCGAUCAAACAAUGAGGAUAAAGUGGUUAUGUGGGUAUGCAAUUUAUGUCGAAAGCAACAAGAAAUCCUAACAAAAUCUGGAGCAUGGUUUUUUGGAAGUGGACCACAGCCGUCACCCAGCCAGGACGGGGCACUGAGUGAUACUGCGACUGGGGGAGGUUCUGACACACCUAGAGAAAAGAAAGCAAGACUUCAAGAACGGUCAAGAUCACAGACUCCCUUAAGUACAGCAACUGCCUCAUCACAGGAGAUCUCUUCUUCCAGUGUGCAGUCUGAUAGGAGGAAAGGAGCAGAAGUAUCACAGCCAGCUAUGGGCCUGGACCAAAAGCAAGCUUCAUCGAGGUCUAGAAGUGAACCCCCAAGAGAGAGGAAGAAGACAUUGUUGGUUUCAGACCAGAAUGGCAAAGGUUUAAAGAGUGAGCGUAAGCGUGUGCCAAAAUCCUCACUUCAAAAGGAAGGACCGGCCGAUGACAGGGAACGUAAAGAAAGGCAUGAAAGUAGAAGACUGGAGAAAGGGAAUUCACAAGAGUUGCCAGAAAAACUUGAGGAAGGCGAAGUGGCUGAUGAUGAAAAACAAAGGAAGGAAGAUGAAUAUCAUACUCGAUACAGGAGUGACCCCAAUCUAGCAAGAUAUCCUGUAAAACCACAUCCUGAGGAACAGCAGAUGCGCAUGCAUGCUAAAGUUUCUAAAGCACGGCAUGAAAGAAGACACAGUGAUGUGGCUUUGCCGCAUACAGAAAUGGAGGAAGCAGAGGUACCUGAGAAUAAAUUAGGAAAACGCUCACAAUUACAGGGAACUCAGGACAGAAAAUCUGUUGUGGAAACUCAGAGGUCGUACUCUAUAGACAGAACAGGUGAUGUAAGAAUUUCUGUUUCUAAACAAUUAACUAAUCAUAGCCCACCAACUCCCAGGCAUAGUCCAGUUCCUAUAGAACAUGUAGAAUACAAGAACCACGAUUCCUUUAAAAAACAGAGUCGCCUUGAUCCUAGCUCUGCUAUUCUCAUGCGAAAAGCAAAGCGGGAGAAAAUGGAGACCAUGCUAAGGAAUGAUUCCCUUAGUUCUGAUCAGUCGGAAUCAGUGCGGCCAUCCCCUCCAAAGCCUCAUAGAGCAAAAAGAGGCGGAAAGAAAAGGCAGAUGUCAGUUAGUAGCUCAGAGGAAGAAGGGGCAUCAACACCAGAAUAUACUAGCUGUGAAGAUGUGGAGAUAGAAAGUGAAAGUGUCAGUGAAAAAGGUGACUUGGAUUAUUACUGGCUGGAUCCUGCCACAUGGCACAGCAGGGAGACAUCCCCUAUUAGUUCGCAUCCAGUAACGUGGCAACCUUCUAAGGAGGGAGAUCGCUUAAUUGGACGUGUUAUUCUUAACAAAAGAACAACCAUGCCAAAAGAAUCAGGUGCAUUACUGGGGCUAAAAGUUGUUGGAGGAAAAAUGACAGAAUUAGGACGACUCGGUGCCUUCAUUACCAAAGUGAAGAAAGGUAGUUUGGCCGAUGUGGUGGGGCAUCUCAGAGCAGGGGAUGAAGUUCUAGAAUGGAAUGGUAAACCCCUGCCUGGAGCUACAAAUGAAGAAGUUUACAACAUUAUUUUAGAAUCAAAAUCAGAACCUCAAGUUGAAAUUAUUGUUUCGAGGCCUAUUGGUGAUAUUCCACGGAUUCCUGAGAGUUCUCAUCCCCCGCUAGAGUCUAGUUCAAGUUCUUUUGAAUCUCAGAAGAUGGACAGGCCUUCUAUUUCUGUUAUAUCUCCAACCAGCCCUGGAGCUCUAAGGGAUGCACCACAAGUUUUACCAGGGCAGCUUUCUGUGAAACUGUGGUAUGACAAAGUGGGACAUCAGCUAAUAGUAAAUGUUCUGCAAGCAACAGAUUUGCCACCAAGAGUAGAUGGACGCCCCAGGAAUCCCUAUGUAAAAAUGUAUUUUCUUCCAGACAGAAGUGAUAAGAGUAAAAGGAGGACCAAAACAGUAAAGAAAAGUCUAGAACCAAAAUGGAACCAAACUUUUCUCUACUCACACGUACAUCGUAGAGAUUUUAGAGAACGAAUGCUUGAAAUAACUGUAUGGGAUCAGCCAAGAGUACAAGAAGAAGAAAGUGAAUUUCUUGGAGAGAUUCUUAUAGAGCUGGAGACAGCACUUUUAGAUGAUGAACCACAUUGGUAUAAGCUACAGACACACGAUGAAUCUUCACUACCUCUGCCUCAGCCAUCACCCUUCAUGUCAAGAAGACAUAUCCAUGGCGGAGAAAGUUCUAGCAAAAAAUUACAAAGAUCUCGGCCAAUCAGUGAUAGUGACAUCUCAGAUUAUGAUGUUGAUGAUGGUAUUGGAGUUGUUCCUCCAGUAGGCUAUAGAGCUAGUUCUAGAGAAAGUAAAUCCACAACGCUAACUGUGCCAGAACAGCAAAGAACAACACAUCAUCGUUCACGAUCUGUAUCUCCUCACCGUGGCGACGAUCAGGGCAGGACCCGUUCACGUUUACCAAAUGUGCCAUUACAGAGGAGUUUAGAUGAAAUUCAUCAAAUGAGAAGAUCACGCUCUCCAACUAGACACCAUGAUGCCUCCAGAAGUCCAGUUGAUUACAGAUCCAGAGACAUGGAUAGUCAGUAUCUGUCAGAUCAAGAAAGUGAGCUUCUUAUGCUGCCCAGAGCAAAACGAGGAAGAAGUGCAGAGUGCCUACAUACCAUCAGAAAUUCUGUUAGGCACUAUAAAACAUUACCACCCAAGAUGCCUUUACUAGAAAAUGGUAUUCAUUGGAACAUAUACAGCUCAACUCUGCCUUCAUGUGCUAAGACCAAAUCAGUGAUUAGACAGGAUAUUUCACUUCUUCGUGAUUGCCUUAAUUCACGAAUACCGAAAUUUGGAGAUGACCUACUGGUUAGUGAACUACAGCCCUCCCUUGACAGGGCUAGGAGUGCUAGUACCAACUGCUUGAGACCAGAUACUAGUUUGCAUUCACCAGAACGAGAAAGGGGUAGAUGGUCCCCCUCCCUAGAGAGGAGACGACCUACUAGUCCCAGGAUUCAUAUCCAGCAUGCAUCUCCGGAGGAUGACAGAUCAAGGACGCUGGAGCCUUGCAUUCCAAAACAGGACAGUGUAGACCACCUAAGUGCUAAACCUGGAGCAGCACAGAGGCAGUCCAGAAAAGUGGAAAGAUAUAGCAGCCAAAAACAAACUAGGAAAGGCUCCGCAACUGAAACUGAAAGAAUACAUCAACAAGGAAGUCCCACACAGUCUCCUCCUGCAGACACAUCCUUCAGCAGUCGCAGGGGAAGACAGCUACCGCAAGUUCCAGUAAGAAGUGGCAGUAUAGAGCAAGAACAAGAGAAUUUUAACUCUUCCACAAAAGCAAGCUUAGUAGUGGAGGAGCGCACGAGACAGAUGAAAAUGAAAGUGCACCGUUAUAAUCAGACAUCAGGGUCUGGUUCUAGUCAAGAACAUGAGCGUGAGCAAUAUACCAAGUAUAACAUACAAACAGAUCAGUACAGAAGUUGUGAUAACGUCUCUGCCAAAUCAUCAGAUAGCGAUGUCAGUGAUGUGUCAGCCAUUUCCCGAACCAGCAGUGCCUCACGCCUCAGCAGCACAAGUUUUAUGUCAGAGCAAUCUGAACGCCCUCGGGGCAGGAUCAGUACAUUUACUCCUAAAAUGCAAGGCAGACGGAUGGGGACAUCAGGGAGAAUCACUAAGAGCACAAGUGUGAGUGGCGAGAUGUACAAGCUGGAGCACAACGACGGGAGUCAGUCGGACACGGCUGUCGGUACAGUUGGAACAGGUGGGAAGAAAAGACGUUCCAGCCUUAGUGCCAAAGUGGUUGCCAUAGUGUCUCGCAGGAGCAGAAGCACAUCUCAGCUUAGCCAAACAGAGUCUGGCAACAAGAAGCUAAAAAGCACGAUACAGAGAAGCACAGAGACAGGAAUGGCAGCAGAAAUGAGAAGUCGUAUGGUUCGACAGCCAAGUCGGGAAUCCACUGAUGGCAGCAUAAAUAGUUAUAGCUCUGAGGGCAACUUAAUAUUCCCUGGAGUACGGCUGGGCGCUGACAGUCAGUUUAGUGAUUUCCUCGAUGGACUUGGACCUGCACAGUUAGUAGGCCGACAAACACUAGCAACCCCUGCCAUGGGUGAUAUUCAGAUUGGAAUGGUGGAUAAAAAGGGCCAAUUAGAAGUAGAAGUCAUUAGAGCCCGGGGCCUCACACAAAAGCCUGGCUCCAAGUCGACCCCAGCUCCGUAUGUCAAAGUGUAUUUAUUGGAAAAUGGAGCAUGCAUAGCUAAGAAGAAGACAAGAAUUGCACGGAAGACCCUUGAUCCUCUGUACCAACAGACACUGGUUUUUGAUGAAAGUCCACAGGGUAAAGUCCUUCAGGUAAUAGUUUGGGGAGAUUAUGGCCGAAUGGAUCACAAAUGCUUCAUGGGAGUUGCCCAGAUCCUUCUGGAGGAACUUGAUCUGUCCAGCGUGGUAAUAGGCUGGUAUAAAUUAUUUCCGCCUUCAUCACUAGUGGAUCCAACCUUGACCCCCCUGACACGCAGGGCUUCCCAAUCAUCUCUGGAGAGUUCAACUGGGCCUCCCUGCAUUAGAUCGUAGUAGCAGGUGCUGUCUAGUAAAAACAUCACCCAGUGUAACAACUGGAACCAGAUAUUCACAUGAUCAAAAACACUGUUGGAGAGAGACAAUCACUUCUGUUUUUGCUUGUAGUAGUUAUCCAAAAAUAUGUCUGAAUUGUUUGUUAAAAGAUGGCUUAUAUUGACAGAACAAAGGUGUAUCACAUACAUAUGGUCAAUCUAUUAGCAACUGUCACUGAUGCUUAUAAUGAUCCAAAAAAAGAGAGAGGGACCUUUAGGUUCAAAUCAAAUAAAAAAUUAGUCAAACUGGAAGCUCUCACUCUGUUAACAAUGUUGUAUUUUUCACAUUUUGACAGACCCCUCAAGCAGUGUUAUCUUCCUGGUGUUUCAGCAGUUUUUCUGUACUUGUUACUUCCACUAGUUUUUUUGCCAUGUGAUUCUGUUAGUUUUGUAGAAGUCCUCACAAUGUUAACAGAGACCCUUGCUUUCUUUCUCAAAACCAAACAAAAAAGGGCUGAAGUAUAUCUCUGUAAGCAUUGCUUAAAGUGUUCAACAGCCACAAUUUUAUUCCAGCAAGUUCAAAUUGUUUCUCAGUUCUGGUACUUCAAAGUCUUUCAUGUGGAAACCCAGAGCAAAUGACCAAUCAAGGUUAUGUUCUUAAAAAUAAAUAAUUAUCACAGUGCCACUUUUUCUUUGUAAAAAGCAGAUAUGUUCGCAUUAUAUAUAAUAACCUUUAUGUUUAUGAUGUUUUGCAUGGAAGAAUUUUGAAGAAUUCUGCAACUAAUGCUGGGAACUGGUAAAAAGCAGCUUUAGUCAUAAUUUUGACAUUGAAUAUGUUACUGGUAAUGCAAUUUUCCUCCUAGAAAUGGAGAGGAAAUAUUUACGUUUCUGUGUAUAAAUGUAUAUUUGAAUUCCCAAAAUGUUGACCACGAAUGGAUUGAGCAUAUGACACUUUCAGCUGUACCCAGGCUUCUCUGAUGUGUGUCACUUCAGACACACUUGUCUGCCCUGGGUAGAGCAUGGUAUGAGUUGUUCAGUGUUUCACUGGAAAUUCCAGUUGAAAUAUUCUGCACUUACUAAUGUUUUUUAUCAAAUUUUAGUUUACAUUUCUUUGAGAUUGAUGCAAGCACAAGGCUUGAUUUUUUAACGCAAGAUAUCUUACUUUUUGGAGAAAAAAAGUCAAAUUUCAAUUUGCUUUUUAUUCAUUUGAGUUCUUGGCCUUGAAAUCCCUUGUGAUUUUCUGUAAAUGUGCUAAAAACUGCAGACUCUGCAGGUGCACUGAUAUGUUUCCCCUCCUUUUACAGGCCAUUCAAUUUUGUGAUCACACAAAUAGAGCAGCAUGACUUGGAACUGUUCAAAGCUGCAUGCACGUUUUGUAAAAAGAAAUGAAAAAGGUUAUUUAAUAAUGUAUGUUAGUUCCACGUAGACCAGCUUGUAUGUUGCAUGUACUUGUACAGUUUGCUCGUAAUUACUAUACUGAAGUAACCAAGAAAUCUAAGCCAUCCAUUUUUGUUAUAGACAUUUUGCAGAUUUUAGCCAGGCUAGGUCUGUGAGUCUGGUGCUAAAUGUCUAUAGAUGGACUUUAUUUUUUACCCUAUGGAAAACGUGAUGUAGUACGGACCAAAUUCCUUCUAAUAAAUAUUUUGGUGUAGAUUCCUACUGUGGGGCUGUAACACAUGUAGAAACUGUGUACACACUAGGUUUUAAUUCAUAGACUUACUGCCUGCACCAAAUGAACUAUUUAUUAUUAUUCAACACGUUGGAAUUGUUCUGCCCAUCUUUCCGUAGGGCGCAGAUUGACUACUGCUCGACCUGCUGAGCAGGAAGAACUCAAGCAUUGGUGCACUACUACUAGAUUCCAUUCUGUCUUAGUGGCCAAAAACCAACCAGUUAUAAUUCGAUAGUAUCUUUCUAUUUUGACCACUUGUCUUAACACUCCCCUGUGCUUUUAAAUGAACUUCCAACUCAUGUUAUGUAAACAUGUUUAAUAAAAUUUCCUUUUCAUGUCCA